AUGGGUAUCACUGAUGAACUCUAUGCUCUAGUCCUCAGUUCACUGGGGAAAUUCGGCAAAAUCGUCAAGAUGCUACUUAUUACUGUUUUUACCUUGUUAACGGUAUCGAAUGCAGCUAAAGUUAUUUUCAAUGGUAUGCACUCAUCUGACAGUCACAUUGCUAGCAUGCUACCUUUGGCCACGAGGCUGGUGCAAGAGCAGCAUAUGGUUCAUUUCUUGGAGACGAAUACUAAACCAUCACAUUUCAACUACCCGAGUAAUAUUAGUUACACCCAUGUCGAACUACAUAAGGAUCCAUAUUUCGUCACUACCUUUCUCAAGGCUAUGUGGACAAAGAUAUUCAGCCCUGUUGAAUUCCCACGCAUCUGGGAGACUGCUGACAAGGCAUUUGUGGAAAUGCUGGACUAUCAUCCGAGAGAA